AUGUCCACUGCAGAUCCCCUAACAAAUACAGAGAAAAAGACUAUUAUGGGCCCUCAUGGAAUCAAUCGAGCUGUUCACCGCAUUUCUUUUUCUGAUUGUCAAAAUGGACUAGGAGUUAAAAUUAUUGGAGGUUAUCGGGCACAAACAGCAGAAGAUUAUGGGAUUUUCAUAAAGAGAAUUCUACCUGGAGGGGUUGCUGCUGUAGAUAGCCGUUUGCUCACUGGAGACCUAAUUUUGGAUGUCAAUGGAGAAAACUUAAUUGGAGUAACCAAUGAAAGGGCUGUUGACAUCUUGCGAACAGCAUCAGCGUCUAAUCACAUGUCUCUGCUGGUUGCUAGAGAUGAAGAAGCAAAGAAAGAAUUUCUUGACCUGAUGGAUAAGUAUGGCUCUCACAGUGACACCAACUCUGCAAGGAGUUCUCCAACACAACUAUCAGCUGCAAAAUCUAUAGACAGCCCUUCUUCUGGGUCAUCCUCAAGGUCACAGAGUCCUCAGUUGCAUCCGAAGGAUAAUAUCACCACCAUCAGCAAAAAUAAUUCUGUCCCAGCACCAUCCCCAAAGCUUGCAAAGGAUAGUGCAUUUCAGAUAAUCUCCGUUUGCAAAGGAACGAGCCUAGGUUUGAAUAUUGUAGGAGGAAUUAACAGAAAUGAAGGGCCUUUGGUAUAUAUUCAAGAAAUUAUCCCUGGUGGUGACUGUCAUAAGGAUGGACGACUGAAGCCAGGAGAUCAACUUGUGUCCAUAAACAAAGAGUCAAUGAUUGGUGUCUCCUAUGAAGAGGCAAAAAGUAUAAUCAACCGGACAAAGAUGAGGUUUGAAAAUUUUUGGGAGAUAGCUUUCAUUAGGCAAAAAAAUAUCCCCAGUUAUUCAGAAAAUCUGCAGCGUCCUUCCAGCCUCUUAACGUCUUCCAUAGCAUAUGGAGAGCAACAGGCUGCAAUACUUAGUUCUCUUGCAUCUCCUAACGGGAAGCUUGUUUCAACGCUCACUCCAAAUGCUAUGGAAACAGGAGUAAAGAUGGGAGAGCAAUCUCCAGUUACUUCUCUAGACAGCAGUCCUACUGAUGUGUCUGCCACUGUUCUUGCACCUAGCCAGAAUGAUGAUUAUGAGCUGCAAGGAAGGAACUCUACUGUUCGUCUCAAAGCAGAAAAGCUGGAGAGGGCAUUGAAUUAUCUCGGGAUUCAGCCCACAGAUGAACAGCAGCAAGCCCUAAGGCAGCAACUUCAGAAAGAUUCUAAAGGAACAGUGUCUUUUGGAGAUUUCAUGGAAGUUUCAAGGAGCCUGUUCGCUACGCGUUUGAAUGCAACAGAUGAUGGCCAAAAAUCUGUAACAUUUGGGAUCAAUGAAAUUGCUGGCUUACUGGAUUCCCAGUUUGUAACCUGUGAUUCUUUGGAGGAUGACAUGGAAAGACUUAAGAAAGAAAGAAAUGAAGCUUUAAAAGAAAUGAGUGAAUUAAAGGAAAAAUUGUCUGAAUCUGUGAAUUUACAGAAGCAGUUAACAGAGGAGCUACAAGUAGUAAAGCAAGAAGCCAAGGCAGCGGUAGAAGAGACAAGAGCCCUGCGAAGUAGGAUUCAUCUUGCAGAAGCUGCACAAAGGCAGGCUCGUGGGAUGGAGAUGGACUAUGAAGAAGUAAUUCGCCUGUUAGAAGCUGAAAUUGUAGAGCUGAAGGCUCAGCUCGCUGAUCAUUCUGGCCAAAAUAAAGAUAACAUCCAAGACUUGAGAAAGAGAAUUACAGUGCUCGACUGCCAGCUGCGGAAAUCUGAAUCAGCUAGGAAGACCUUUGAGGUGGCUACUGAAAAAUUGCUACAAUUUGUAGAGGUUGUGCAUGAAAUACUUUCAGAUAACUCUACUUCCUCGACAGUUUUAAGUGACAGAAGAACAACAUUGCCUACUAAAGCACUUCUUGCACGGCUGGGAAGGAUUGGACCUACUGUCACAACAGCGCUUGCCGCAGAAGCCAGAGACCUUGCCAAGUCUGUCCGUGCCAUUUUGGAUGUAGAUUGUCUGCCUUAUGGAUGGGAAGAAGCUUAUACAGCAGAUGGAAUCAAAUACUUUAUCAA